GAGCGCCCCGCUGCGGCGCCAUCUAGCAUGUCAAUGUUGUUAGGCUUACCAAAUGGAGUCCUAAUGGAGUCGAUUUUAUCCCGAAAACGCUGAGCUACAUCGAGAGGCAUGGAAAUUCCGCGAGAAAUGACAUAGAUGAGCCUACCUUUCAAAAACUUUUGUACAGAUAAAUAUGUAGUUGUGCAGUGACAAGUUACAAGCUGCACUAUUUUGUGCGAUGUCCCAGAGAGCAAAACGGCCUAACCGCUCUGACGAUGGCACCGUUCCUGUUAAGAGGCGCAAGCGGCCGACGGCGCAAGAGGAAGAAGAGGCGACCGCCUUGGCAUGGCGGCCCUACAACGACCUCAAGAUCUACAAUCGCGCGACGACGGAAGCGCCCGCCGAGUUGUUUCGCAAAGAUCUCAUUAGUGCGAUGAAGCUGCCCGACUCGGAGCCGCUCGCAUCUAAUGAGUACUGGGUGAUUGUGGAUCAGUGGAAGCAGGAGUGGGAACGCGGCGUGCAGGUGCCGGUUAAUCCCGACUCGCUCCCCGAACCGAGCGUCACUGUCACCCACUGCGCCACCGUGCAUGUUAAACCUCUCACAGAAUACAAACCGCCAAAAACGCGUUACGUUCGAAUAACAAAAGAUGACCGGUUCAAACCGGAGGAGCACUCCCUGUCGACGGCGCCGGCGCAGGCGGAGGCUGCGUGCUCGUACGAUCUGGAUGAAUGCGACGUAGCGUGGUUGCGGUUGUUGAACGCCGAACGGCUGGCGACGGGACUGAGUCCCAUAAGUGAAGAUCAAUUGGAGCGCGUCAUCGAGCGUUACGAGUUGCGAUGUUGGGAUCGCAUUCAGGCGAUUCUCCGCAAUGAGGAAGGACUCGGUAUUGAGUACGAUGAGAACGUCAUCUGCGAUGUGUGUCGCUCGCCGGACAGCGAGGAGGGCAACGAGAUGGUGUUUUGUGACGCGUGCAACAUCUGCGUGCAUCAGGCGUGCUACGGUAUUACGCGUAUCCCCGAGGGUCAGUGGUUGUGCUGUACGUGCGCGAUUAAACAGCGCCCGGACUGUGUCCUCUGCCCUAACAAGGGCGGCGCCAUGAAGAGUACGCGAUCGGGUCAGAAGUGGGCGCACGUGUCGUGUGCGCUUUGGAUUCCGGAGGUGAGUAUCGGCUGCGUGGAGCGCAUGGAGCCGAUCACGAAGAUCUCCAGCAUCCCGACAUCGCGCUGGGCGCUCAUCUGUGUGCUGUGCCGGGAGCGCGUCGGCGCGUGUAUUCAGUGCUCGGUGAAGACGUGCAAGACGGCCUACCAUGUGACGUGCGCGUUUAAGCAUGGCCUUGAGAUGCGUGCGAUCAUCGAGGACGAGAACGCCGACGACGGCGUCAAACUGCGUUCGUAUUGCGAGAAGCACUCAAAGUCCGGUAAGAAGGAUGGCGGUCGGGCGGCUGCCUGCUCGGGGUCCGAGGACGAUGACUGCAAACGCAAAAAACGCAAGGAUAUGACCUCGGAGGAGAAGAAUUUGGCGCGAGCCGCGCGACAGUCGGAGAUUGAAGCCGAGUUUCAUCGGCAUGUGGCUGUUAAAGAUGUGGUGACCGCAUGUAUUGAUGUGGAUAAUGAUGCGCUGGUUGCCAUCUACGGCUAUUGGAAGUUGAAGCGAAGAGCUGGUCACAAUCGGCCGCUGCUUCCGCCCAAGUAUGAGGAUGUUGACCUGCUCUCACACAAGCAGGAACAAGCUGAUCUCGAGCGCAUGAAGAUGAUUGUACAACUGCGCCAGGACCUGGAGCGCGUGCGCAAUCUCUGCUACAUGGUCAGCCGACGUGAGAAACUUUCACGUUCGUACUUUAAGCUGCGCGAGUCGACGUUCCAGAAGCAGGUGGCUGUUUUGCGUUGUCCAAACCUUAGUCCGAAGGUAACCGACGCUGUGGUGGCGGCCAACCGUGGUCCUUCCAUCUAUGAUCGCUUCUAUUCGAACGCCGACGAUGUCACCAUGAACGUGGAGAGCAUGAUAGCGCGUAUCACGGGUUGUAAGUCGCCGCAGCCGGAUUCUGCGGACGAACGCAAGCCCGAGGUCAACGGUCUUUUCAAGGACGUUAAAAACAAUCCGUACAAGAAGCUUUAUUUCAACGGUUCCAGUAAACGGCGCAGUGCUAGUUUGUGUAGUAGUUUGUCGAGUAGUGAAGACUCCGCCGAUGAUAAGCGGUUGCCGAAACCGCGACACAACAAGGAGAACCGUCUGCACAGCAGUACCGAUGACGAAAAACCGGUGAUCAAGAAGGGUACGCCUGUGAAGAAUAGCAAAGCUGAACGCCGCCGAAAACACUUCAGCAUAUCGCGCGCGCUUGAUAGUAGCAGCGAGGAGGACGUUAAGCACGUGAAGAAGGAAGCGAACACGUCGAAUUCACGACUGAAACAGAUGGAGAGAGAGCUGGUGGGCUUCUCGGCGUCGGAUAGCGAUGAAUUGAUGCCUAUCAAGACCUCCAGCCCACGAUCCAGUCCGAACAAGCGUGCGAUGUCCUCGAUAUACUCUGAUAGCGAUACCUCUGAUUCAUCGGCGCGCAACGACGCCAGCGACAGUCAGUCGCAGAGCAAACUGCGCACCAAGGCGGCGAUGAAGGACUUCUCGCACAAGCAACUCAAUAAGUCGCCCAAUAAGAGCAGUCCCGAGAACAAGAAGAAAACAAAAGACGAAAGGGACAAGGAUAAGGAUAAAGAGAAGGAGAAGGAGGAAAUCACGAGUAAGGACAAGGAGCGAAGCAAGAAGGAUGCCAAGAAGAAGAACUACGUACCGUCUGAUCUCAUCGUGCCGCAGCGGCAAGCCGCUAAGAAAGCGACCGAAAACCUCAAGUCGACGACGGUCACGCGGGCCAAGGAAGUGCCAAGCGAUGCGGACGUCAAGGCAGAACCGGAGAGAGAAAAGGAAAAGGAGAAAGAAAAAGAGAAGCCUAUUCCACCAGUGUUAACAAAGCCGAAGAAACUGGGGCGGCCGCCGAAAGACCAGAAGGAGAAGGAACUCAAGGAGAUGAGAGAGAAGGAAAAGGAGGAGAAGCGAUUGAAGGAAAUCAAGGAGAAGUCGUCGAAGGAGAGCAAAGAAAAGGAAGAGAAGAAGGAAGACAUUUUCGACUUGGACAAAGAACUGGAUAAGACUGAUUUGGACAUUCUCGCAUACGUACCGCAACGCCAAGCGGCCAAGAAAGCAGCAGAGCACAUCAAGGGACUAGGAAAUAAACCUCUCACAGCGGCCGAUUCUCUUGAAGAGAAGAAAUCGCUUUCCAAAGAUGAUGAAAAACCGCAUGAAAAGAGCCCGAAGAAAGACGACCGCAAGAAGGAUGAGAAACCGCCGGCGAAACUUUCAGACAAGCGAAAAUCUUCAACGAACACUAGCUCGAGUUCAUCAAGCAGUUCUAGUAGUUCAUCUUCAUCGGCGAGUUCAUCUUCCGAUAGCGAGAGCGAUAGUCCCCGCAAGAAGCCGGCUGCUGCGGAGAGUUUACCAAAGGCAGUCGAGCCGCCCACGGCGGCGGCGGCAGCUGGUGGAGGCCGGCGUAGCGGUGUCAAAGACUGGCCCUUUCUUGACAAGGCAGCCAAGUCCGCGGCAUCCUCAAGCUCCUCCACCGAUUCCAGCGACAGCGACGGCCCGCGAAACAAUAAAGGGCGCGCAGCCUCCAAGUCUCCUGCUGCUCGACGGACAUCCAAUAAGUCUGGUCGGAAAGGCGCCGCCGACAAGAAGUCACCCGCGGCGGCACCUGAGAGAGAGAAAUCUGCGCGACCACGCGGCCGACCGCCCGGCAGGGGACGCGCACGCGGUUCUCCGGGUGCAGCGACAACUCCCACGGCCGCCGUCGCCAAACCGAACUCAGGCGAUCGGCUCGCAGCUCAUGUCCGGCAUGGAGAUCUCGCUGAGCGUGAACGUGCCGAGCCCAGGGCCAAGGCCCGGAAGGGAAAAUCAACUGACGUGGAAGAGCAGUCGGCUGCGAUCGAUGACCGGCAGCGCUCUCCUGCAAAGAACGAUUCGAAACAAACGCCUGCCGAUGUCAGCCCAGUCGGUAGGAAGGGCAAACUAUUCUCUCCGGUCCGCAAUGCCGAGUCGGAAAAGAAGAUGAGAUCGCCAGCGGCCGCCUCCAAGGAGCGCGAGCGUGAAUGCGAAAAGAAAGAGGAAGAACCAGAACCGACCAAUCUCGAGAAGGAGAUCAUGGAGCGUAAGGUCGCUAGCAAUAAAACAAGUAAAUCCAAGUUUGACCGCAUGUUCUUCGACAACAAAGAAAAAGACAAGGCAAUCAAGGAGAAAGUGAACAAAUCGCCGGUGAAAGAGAACAAGGAACCGAUUGGCACGCCACAUGUCAAACAGGCGAGCCCCAACAAGAAAUCACCAUCUAAAGCGAUCAAGAGCCUCGACGAUAUCUUCGCAAACAAGUUGUCCAACUCGUUGAACACCAAAUCACCUUCUCAUGAAAAAGUAUUGCCACCUGUAAAGCACGAGGAUGAUAUCUUCAAGAUUGAGGACGAUAAGAGUCGGCACAACUACCAAAACACACAUUCCAACGAUGAUUUACUGGAUGACAUUGAUGACAUCUUUGACAAUGACUUUGGCAUUUCAUCGAAAGACGAAGAUAUAAUUAAAUUGCCUUUAACUUUCAAUAUUGCUGGAUCAAUGGUCUUGCGAGAAGAUUCCAAGGAAGACUCAGCGCGAGAAACAUUGAAUUUGGUGGAAAAACUGAGAGGUAACAUGGGUUUGACUAAAAAGUCCACCAGCAUAGACAUCGAUGAUGCCAUUAGUGUCGCAUCGAGUAAACCAGAAGACCGCAUGGAUUCUGAUCAAAGCGUGCCGCAGGUGCUGGAUGAAAAACCCGAUGAAAAGGAACUUCCACCUAUGGCGCCGUCAAUUGCACUGCAGCCACAAAUCAAUCUUCAGGUCGCCAUUACCAAGUUCGAGGAGAAGACUUACAAGUUUGACAGGAGCGACGCACACACGGAGGAUAAAUCCGUGCCGGACAUGCAGCAGCAUACUGACGGUGCAGCGCAGGCGGACGAACGAUGGGUACCACCUAGCGAUUACACUCCGUCUACUUUUGAAAACAAACCCGCUUCUAUGUUACUGCACGACGACCCGGCGGCGAUGGCAAAGAGUCAGAGUCCAAUGGGAGCUGAUCGUCGUCAUGUGGCACGUACGCCUUUCUUGGACGCUGCUUCUUCUCUGGAUUGCAUGCCUAGCCCGACGCCGUAUAAUGAUCUGCAUCCGCAAGGUAAAUGGGCGGAGGCUAAUCUUAUGCCCAAUCGACGCAGUUCUUCAAGUUCGGUAGCCAGUUCGGCGAGUAAUAUAUCACGUCGUAACAAUGACGAUGAUGAGCUGCUGAAACGACACGACUUGCCCGUUGCUCCUAACUUUGGUCAUCCCGCAAUGGACGUUAUCAACAACCUGCCAAACCUGUUGCCGCAGCCCAAUCUGCUUCAAUUUCCACCGAAUGCGUUGGAUCCUGCCUUCCAGCAGUUUUCCAACGUUGCGAAUCAGUUUGUGGGUAAUCCGGUGAGUCUUUUUCCACCGGCUAACGCGAACGCGCAGUUGCCGUUCCCUUCGCCUGGAGCGGCCAUGUUUCCGCCGCCAUUUGGAGCUUCGUAUCCUACACCUUUGUCUGUGAUUCCACCGUUGAGUAAACCGAGCGAAGAGAUGAAUAUCCCACAAACGGCAGCGUUUACCUCCUCGCAGCACAACAUGGCUCUGACAGCUGCGAUGGUCAACAUGACCAAUGCGUUUGCUCCUGCGUCUAAAGCCGAUGACGAGGACGAUACCGCAUGCGGGAUGGAUAUUGUCCCAGGAGUGGGCACAAUGUCUGAUAUUGAAGCCCUGCCCGGGAAGAACGAACUCAAGGAUGAAGCUCCAAUGGUUCAAGCGCAAACGCCCGUACCGGUGCCGGAUGCUUCGCCAGCGCUGAGCAAUUCCACGCCCAAUCACGUGCAACCGUCGCCGAAUCCGUCCGUCAAGUCGAACAGUUCCUCAGGGAAGAAGUCCCCAAGCAAACCGACGCGAACCUCGGCACGUUUUCUCUCACAGCACCUGCAAGAGAAGAAAUCACCCAGCAAGUCGCCUGGAAAGUCUCCGCGACAGGAUCUCAAAGCGUCUUCCACCGGCAAAAAGGAGAAGAAAGUCGGAAAGGGCAGCAGUGGGCGAGGCGCCCAAUCACAGAAUCGAGGACGAGGGCGUGGACGGGGACGAGGACGUCCGCCAAACGCAUCGGUACAUCAUCACAACGAGUUCGCUUUCGAUGUUAACACCAUUCACAACAAAUUGGUUGGCACCGUGUAUGAUCUUGAUUUCGAUGACGAUAUGAACGAGUGCGGCGACUUGCGAGCAAUGCGCGAGCGACGCAAGUCUUCGGAUCCACAUGAUGCAAGGAAAGCAGAUUCGCCGAAAUUCACGAGUCCGUCACACAAAAAUCGGUAUCAUUUGAGUGAGCUGCGACCACCGACGCCCAUUAGUGACACGCAGAGCUCGCUUUCGAAACCAACAUCACCCGAACCGCAGAUAGAGUGCGAGAAAACGUUCCCAACGGUAGUGCCGCCAGUAAUGCCAGGGCCGGUGGACAUGCGCACUUACAGCAGUACGCUAGAGAGUUCCACGUAUCAGGAGAGCAGUCUUAUGAAGUUUAACAGCACAGUUCCGCCAUCGAUAGAUCUCGCUGCUCAGGAACACGAACAAGAGUUGGAAGAGUUUGACAAAGAAUUGCAAAAUUCUUUAGCGAAACAACCUGAAGAACCAACGAUGCCUGAAAUUAAUAAGAUCAAGGUAUCUUUGUCGGACUCUCGAAAUCAACUCAAAGUCAAGAUCAAGGGCCCGAUUGCGAAUUACACAUCGUCUUAUAGCAGCACAGUCACACCUCUUCCGCCUGUAAGCGAUUCAAUCACAAAUGCGCACGCACUCUACACCAAUUCUAUCUCAAACGCGAUCAACAAUACGCCGGUUAACACCAACUCAGGCGUUACCAACUUGCAUCGAAUGCGCAAGAAGGAACUUCUUCGUCAGUAUUGUUCUCAGGGUAUGAACACCUCGGAUCCUCUUAAUAUCACGCCUGGUGUGUCCACGCCAGUGACGCCUUCUUUAAACCGCACCAUCAUCACAAUUCCAAAGGCGGUUGCGUCGAUGACGUCCAUCCCAACCAAGGACGAUUAUCGCGACUACCGUACGGGUAACGACGAGAUCUUUGAGACGAAGAUUCGCAAGGAUAAACCGAAAUCUGGUCUUAGAGAGUUGCGACAAUUGGAUGUGCCUUUCGGCAGUAUUAUGACCAACAUGGAGGAUGAGAACUCAACGGAGAGGCGACGAUCGAUUGGUUCGAAUAACGGUACCAAUCCGAGCGAAAAGCGACGUGGUCGACCACCGAGAAGUGCUUCUUCAGGACUACCACCUGGUCAGCAGACAGCUCCGAAGUUGAAGAUUAAGAUUGGUGCUAACAAUAUCGUAUCCAGUGCUAAUGUGGAACCGUUGCCGGCGUUGAACGAUUCGAAGAUCGAUGAUAGAAGGGAUAGGAUUCGCCCGCCGAAGAAACGUCUCUCUGCUUCGGUGGCAAAGCCUUCAGUUGAGGAUCUUAAGCGCGAGAGCAUGAAAUUCCGUAAACAGGUGAUGGCCGACUUCAGCGAAAAGAGUGAAAAGAGCGAACGCAAAGAAAAGAAGAAGAAGGAUAAGGAUAAAGACAAGAGCAGUCGCAAGAGUAAAAAGAAAAAGAAGCAAGACCUGCAGAUCGUGGCCCCCGCAGCGACAGACUCCAACAAGUUGAUCAUCCGCCUGCGGAAGAACGACGAUGCGACGACGGCGCCGCACCCGCCACCAACAUCAACACCCGCGGAAGUGAAUAAAAUCGAGUGCGCGAACGUCGCCGAUAACGAGCGUGCCGGUGAACGGACAGAAGGUAAAAGUGUCGACGGGGAAGUGAGUGCGAACAAGGCGGACGCGCCGCACGAUGCCGCCAUUGUGAAAUCCGUCGUAAACGACGAACGGACGAGCGGUGGUAACGCGAGCGCGAGUGACCAGGACCGAGAGAAGAUCGUGACGCCCAUCAAGCUGAAGCUAGCACGAUGCAAGGAGGGAUUCGUGAUGAAGGCGCCGACUCAGGCGGUAGCGGACGGCGGCCAUCCGCCGAAGGCUGCGGCGCCCGCAUCACCGGCGGCGGCCACCCUGAAUCUCCACGAACCUACACCACCGCCGCCGGUGCACGCGCCGACCCCGCUGCCGCUCAACAAGGACUGCGAGGUUAGAUGAUAGAGCGCAGCGGCGAGACUAAAUUAUUUAUAUCGUAGCAUUCUAAUGAUAAUAUGAAAUUAAUUAUGAAGAGGUGCGGACGUAGACGGAGGCGUAUAAGCAAUUUGUACAUAGCAGUCAGAUUUAAAUUAAUUUUAACUUAAAUGACGAGAUCACAAACGAAGCGCGUGGCUUCAGAGCUGAGCGCCCGUUGAAAUUCUAUUAUAAAUACGAAAAUGGCGCGCGCCUGGCAGCGCCACCUGAUGAUGGUAUUGUAACAUAAGCCAGCUUGCCGCCCACAGCGGCGGUGAGCGUGUAAAUAUUUAUGCUGUAUGUCGUUUUUAGUAGUUAGGACAAGAGCCCAUCUCACGCCAGACUAUUGUGUAUGUCUUUGAUUAUUUCGAUGUACAAAAUGUCAAUUACAUUCACGCAACAAGCAAAAAGCAAGAUGGCGGCGCGCGAGACAUGCGAGGCAGGCGGGGCUCGCGCGCAGCAUCGGAAGGACACAAUGUAUUCAUAUUUUUGUACAUACUUGUAAGUUAUUAUGGUAAUAACUGUGAAUAUUAUUGAUAAUUAAUUAUACAUAGCGCUAAUUUAUAUUAUUAAUUAAAUGAUAUGCAUAUAUUGACGCCGGAGCGGAGGAUGAGGAGGAGGAGGAGGAGGAGGGGAGGAAAUGUUUCAUUUGAUGAAAUGAAUGAUUAACUCGUGUUGACAAUUUUUGAUAUAGCUAGCAAUCGUUAUUCUACUACCCAAACCUUAAAUGAUAAAUUAGAGAAAUUCGAUUACUGCGAUUCGUACAAUGUAUAAAACCAACUCAAAAGCAAAGCGAACACAAAAACAGCUGAACGUUUUUUUUGUAAACAUGUGAAUGCGUAGCGAGAUGAUAAUGAGAAAUUUUGAAACUGUACAGGAACAAAUGGCUUGCGUGAGUGCAAUUUUUAUUUAUUACGAAUUGUUGUUGUCAAGGCCAUUAAUUUAUCAUUAUGAGUGUAAUUGUUUGAGAUGGAAAUUAUUUUUUUGUACAUUCUCGUUUUAUAUUUUAUUAAUUUUGUGGUCGUUUCAUUCAGUACUCGUGUACAAAAUCGAGCAAAUCUCUUUCAAUCUAUUAUUUUUUUUUUUGUACUAAGCACGUGUUAUUGAAAUGAUGAUUUUUACUUAACGAUGAAAGAACAUUGAAAACAAAAGCUGUCGAAGCGACAAAAGAUUUUCCACAGCAAUCAGCAAGCAAACACAAAAUACGAUUAUAAAAUACAAUUAUUUACGAUUAUUAUUAUAUUAUAAGAUAUUUUAUUUUUUAUACCUGAUGUUUUUUUUUUUAUUUAAGUGAGAAGCGAAAGAGAUUUUAUUAAAGAGCAUCCUUUUAUUUAUAGUCACUGACACACAACUACACAAACAACACAACCAUUUUUAACUGCAUUCGUUUGUUAAGCAAGUGGUCAACAAAAUGCACAAGCCAUUUGUUUUUCUCUCCAUGUUUUGAAACUCUUACAGCAAACAGCGGAAUAUAUGAUAUUAAAUUAAACAUUGAUGCGAAUUAUGUAAUGAUGUGUGAUCUUGAUUGAUCGAGAAGCGUUUAGCGAAAAAUAAUUGCAAUGAUCUGGAGUUUCCGACUGGUUUCUGUACGCGUGCAGACAACGCGACAAAUUCAACGAAUUCCAACGCUUGCAAAGCCACAUUUCAUAAAUUAAGGUAAAUUUUAUAUUUCAGGACAUCACCAUUCAAUCAUUAUUGUGAAUUUACUUACUAAAGAUGUUAAAUCAACCGUAGAAAUUUGCACAAACAAAAAAUUCGGUUUUAAAAAAGCACGUUGUUCUCUUGUAAAUUAUUUCGUGAUGAAUUUGAGUGCUUUGUCUUCAUGUGGGGAACCAAGUCGAAACUAUAAAUUAAUUACUAAGAGAAAACAAAAAAUAUUAUUAAUCGUAUUGUACCUAUCUUGUAAAUAAACUAAUGAUUAUUACGUAAA